AUGCCACAAAAAGUAGAAGGAGGGAUUGCGGCUAACUUCUUGCCUUGCCCUAGUUGUAUGUGUUUUUUCAUGGCGUCAGAGCUCUGGAGGCACCGACAAAAUUGUCCCCAUCGGUCCCAAGAGAGACUCCCCCAAAGUGGUCGAGAGUACAGCAAGAAGCUAAACUUCUAUUACCAACAACAAUAUUGUCCACCAAGAUGUGAAAAAGAGCUUCCAUGACAACGCCCUUUCCUCUAUGAAAAACGACGAAAUAUCAGCCAUCGCCAGAAAAGACACCCUAAUUGUUAACUUUGGCGCCGCUAUCUUUGAAAAAGUCGGGACAAAAAACAUAAAUUAUGUUUCCCAAAGAAUGCGCCAGUUAGCCAGGCUCCUCCAAACGUUACGGAAAGAAAACGAGGCUGCCAAUUUCGAUGACUUCAUAGACACUGCACGAUUUGACGAGCUAGUUGCUGCAGUGAAAGAUCUGUGUGGAUUCAAGGAAAAAUCUCGGUUGGAAAUAGAUGUCCCCUCACUGGCCUUAAAGCUUGGGCACAGCAUAAAACAGUGUGCGCAAGUUCUUAAAUCAUCAGCUCUGAGGAAAAAAGAUGAGGCAGCGAUAAGA